AUGGUUAAGUGCGAGUGCGAGCAGGAGAACUAUGCGCUCAAGAAACCUAGGCAAGGGAUGGAGUACCACACGGUCCUGGAUGAAAAACUCUGUGACAAAUACCCAGUGCUCAUAGAGAAAUAUAGACUAGAGAAGUCGAUUGGGGGUGGAGGGCAAGCGAUGGUGUACAAGGCAUUCCGAAGGAGUGAUGGAAAGGUUUUUGCGAUCAAGACAGUUCAUGGCCCCGAUGGGCUGUUUGAAGCUCGAGUGAUGGCUAUGCUAGAGGUGUCACUCAAGGGUUUGGAUGAACAGGGGCUCGUCCACUUCGAGCACAUCAUACGAGAAGAGCCCAAUCAGUACAGGGAGGUGUACCACCUUGUUCUUGAGCUGUGCAAUUGCAGCCUUCAGGACCGGAUCAAGUACAAGGGGCAGCUUGAUGAGGAAGAAUCUGCAAAGAUUGUCAUAGCUCUCGCCAAGACGCUAAAGAGGGUUCAUGACAACGAGAUCAUCCACUGCGACCUGAAGCCCGCGAAUGUUUUGCUGAAGUACCCGUGGCCUGGGAAGUUCUAUGUCCCAAAGGUGUCCGACUUUGGGAUGGCUUGCUGGAUGGAGGAUCCGUGGAACGAGCAUGGGGCUGGGACGUGGGAUUAUAUGUCCCCCGAAGCGAUGCUCGAUGGGCGCUAUAUCACAGCCAGCGAUGUGUGGGGCUUAGGGAUGCUGCUUUACACUUGCCUCACGGCAGCUUGUCCGUUCCCAAAUAUGGAUGUGGAGGUGGUAUUUAAUAAUGCACGCAAGAGAGAUCGAACUUUAAGGAACCUCCAUCACAAUUCUAUGGAUUGGGAUAGCAUUCCAUCCCUUUCUGCAAGGCAACUUAUCCAAGCAAAGAGAAAGGGAAAGGACGAGCAAAGAGAAAACCGAGUGAGAAAGCAUGGUCAUGGUGUCACCGACUAG